AUGUCGGCUAGGACCAGCACCUCUGAAAAAAUACAGUCAGUCCUCAAGUACUCAGAUGACAUGCUUUCCUCCUUACCCCCAGGUAUAUACAAAGAAGCAACAGAGAUGGUGCAAGAAGAAGAGAAAAUAGUUGGGAGAUGCUGCGCGGAGACCCUCUGCACCCCUGUGAACAUUGCGCUGCGAGUGGCGUGGAGCGUGCGGGCUGCGCUGUGCAGCCUGCGCGCCAUCUCCGCGCCCAGCGCGCUCUGCCCUCCGCGGCCCUGGGGACUGCGGGAGGGCGCCGUCCGGGCGCUGCGCACUGGCCCCGUUCUGCUGUCGGGUCGUAAAUUCACAGACAAACAUGAAUGGGUAACAACAGAAAACGGCGUUGGAACAGUGGGAAUCAGCAAUUUUGCACAGGAAGCUUUGGGAGAUGUUGUUUACUGUAGUCUGCCUGAAGUUCGGACAAAAUUGAACAACGAGGAAUUUGGUGCUUUGGAAAGUGUGAAAGCUGCUAGUGAACUCUAUUCUCCUCUAUCAGGAAAAGUAACUGAAAUUAAUGAAGCUCUAGCAGAAAAUCCAGGACUUGUCAACAAAUCUUGUUAUGAAGAUGGUUGGCUGAUCAAGAUGACGCUCAGUAACCCUUCAGAACUAGAUGAACUAAUGAGUGAUGAAGCAUAUGAGAAAUACAUAAAAUCUAUUGAGGAGUGAAAAUGGAACCCCUAAAUAAACUAGUUUGAAACAACUUAAUCUAGCAUAGUUGUCUUAAAUUAGUGGUGGACAGAUUUUUAAAAAGCAACUUUUAGCAAAAGAAACUACUUGCAACAAUGUUGCCUGAAGAAAAUACCCCUUAACUUCC